GCCAAUCGCCAAUGUUUAAUGUUAUAUUGUUAUCUACUUAGUACAGUAUACCGAAUUUAGAUGAUACAUAGUUGAUACUUGUUUAAAAUGUCAAUAACUAUUCAAUAAUAUUUAAUUUCUUUCUUCUUUUUAUAUUUCUUUGACACGCAAUUGUGUAUAAUAUAUUUUUAAUUCCUGAUCAAUUUUUCAUAUUGUUUAUUACAUAUUAAAAUUUUUAUUAUUAAUUAUUGCCUAUUGGUCACCAUUACUAAUAAGUAAUAAUAAUCAAAUGGUUUUUUUUUUCAGUUUCUUUGUGAAAUAAUUGUAGUGAAUAGUCAUUAAAGAUUAAAGUUGAUUUCUAAGACAGAACAAAAACACGUAAUUUGAUCAAAUAUAUUAAAUUGUUGUAUUUAUGGUUGUAUUUAAAGAAACAUAAAAUAAUUUAUCAAUAAAUAAUAACAAAAAAAUGGGACAAAUACACACUGUUGGACCAAACAAAGCUCUAAUUGUUUCUGGUGGGUUUUGUGGAUCAACCAAAAGAACAACAGUUGUUGGUGGUUGGGCAUGGGCUUGGUGGCUUAUUACAGAUGUUCAAUAUCUAUCUCUUGAGGUUAUGACUUUAAAUCCUAUGUGUGAUACUGUUGAAACCGUUCAUGGAGUUCCGUUAACUGUAACAGGAGUAGCUCAGUGUAAAAUAAUGAAAGCUGACGAACUUUUACAAACAGCAUCUGAACAAUUCCUUGGUCGAACUACCAAUGACAUUAAGUUAACUGUGCUUCAAACUCUAGAAGGUCAUUUAAGAGCUAUAUUGGGUACUUUAACAGUCGAAGAAGUGUAUAAAGAUAGAGAUCAAUUUGCAUCUCUUGUAAGAGAAGUAGCUGCGCCUGAUGUUGGUCGUAUGGGGAUUGAGAUAUUAUCAUUCACAAUAAAAGAUGUUUUUGAUGAUGUUCAAUAUUUAACUUCACUUGGAAAAUCACAAACUGCAGCAGUGAAGAGAGAUGCAGAUAUUGGAGUUGCACUUGCCAACCGUGAUGCAGGUAUUAGAGAAGCUGAAUGUGAAAAGUUGGCAAUGGAUGUAAAAUACGGAACAGACACAAAAAUUGAAGAUAACUCAAGAAUGUUUAAGCUUCAAAAAGCUAUGUAUGAUAUGGAAGUUAACACUGCAAAAGCUGAGGCACAGUUAGCAUAUGAAUUACAAGCAGCCAAAAUAAGGCAAAAAAUCAGAAAUGAAGAAAUACAAAUUGAAGUAGUUGAACGAAAGAAACAAAUUGAAAUUGAAGUACAGGAAGUUGAACGUAGAGAACGAGAACUGAAUUCUACUGUUAGGCUGCCUGCUGAAGCUGAAAGUUAUCGUGUUCAAGCAAUUGCUGAGGGAAAAAGAACUCAAACAGUUGAAGUCGCAACAGCUGAAGGUGAACGGAUUAAGAAAAUUGGGCUUGCUGAAGCAUCAGCAAUCGAAGCCGUUGGUAGAGCCGAGGCUCAAGGUAUGAUGUUGAAGGCAAAUGUAUUUAAACAAUAUGAAGAAGCAGCCGUUAUGUCUUUAAUUAUGGAUGCAUUACCAAAAAUUGCUGCUGAAAUAGUCGCACCUUUGUCUAAAACUGAAGAAAUUGUAUUAUUAAGUGGAAAUAGUAAUGUAACGGCAGAAGUUAACAGAUUAGUUGGACAAUUACCUCCAGCUGUUCAAGCUUUAACUGGCGUUGAUUUAACUAAAGUCUUAUCAAAAAUGUCUGGGGUCAAAUAGAAUUUUUACAUAGAAUUGUUUUUACAAUUUCUAUUAAAUUUUUUUAUAUUUUAAGUUUAUUGUAACAUGAUCAAAAACUUAUAUAAGCUUCUAAUUCCAUUA